AUGAGGAUAAAAGAAGUUGAGGCCGUUGUUCUCCUUGCUGCCAUCAUGGGGAAUGGAUUUGUUCAUGGCAAAAAAGAUAACAGUGGAAUCUACGAUACAGAAUUUGCGUUAUUCGGCGUACUGAUAAUAGCUUUAUUCUGCUUGGGUGGCGUUUAUCUGUGCUGCUAUUUCACUUGCUGUCAUGAGUAUCUGUGCACCGCUUCCGAAGAUGUAGGAUGCUGUUCAGACGCAAGGGUUAAAGAAACGAUAGCUGAAAAAAUGGACAAUAGAAACGUGAAAAUUGAUCAUUCACAACUGUCUCCAGUCUAA